AUGGCAUCGACAGAUCCCGCGCUUUUGGAAGCCCCGAUGAAACAGCAGUUGAAACACACAGCAAAGGACAUGGCCGCAAGGUCAUUUUCUAUGGCUAAGAAUUUUGCUGUUGUGGGUGCUAUUUUCUCUGGGACGGAAUGCAUAAUCGAGGGGUAUCGUGCAAAAAAUGACGUGUAUAAUGGCACAGCGGCAGGGUGCAUAACUGGUGCGAUACUGGCUGCUAAAGCUGGUCCACAGGCAGCUGCCAUUGGAUGUGCUGGAUUCGCGGCAUUUUCUGCUGCAAUAGACUUGUACUUGCGAAGAGAGUAG